AUGACAAUGAAAGAAGAUACUAGAGACGGUGAUAAAAAUUCCGAUAUUAAUUCCGUCAAGGGUAAAGAUAAUAAUUCUAGAAGCAAAGUUUGCAAUGAACACGGUGAUGAUUGUCCGAGUGAAAAUGAACGUGAGUUCGAUUCCCUUGAGUAUGAGGAAGAUGUGUAUUAUUCGAGCUUUGCUGAUACUCCGAGUUUUGAUGAUAUUGACAAUGAUCUGUUCAAUGACAGCGAAGAAAUUGUUGUUCACUGCUGGAAAGACGAUAAUAUUUAUCUAGACGAGAUUCUUGUUAAUGACGUUGAUUUUUCGCAAGAUCUAGAUGCUAAUUGCAGUAAUGACAGUAACAAUGCCGCGAAAAAAAAAUUACGUAAAUUGAGAUCGGUUCGAGUGAUUUUUAAAGAGAUGACUAAGUCUUAUUUUGAAAAACUUCAGGGAAAAGGACUUUUUUUUGAGCGCUUAAAAGGUGAGGAUGCCCUACAUUCUGGUUCUCUUUCUCCAUCGGCGGACAAUGUCGCGAAUGAGCUAGCUGGAUUAUCAUUUGAAGAACAGGAGCGUCAAAAAGCUGAGUGGAGAACUGAACUAGCCAAGGUUGAAGAAGAAAUUCAAACAUUGAGACAUGUGUUGGCCAGCAAAGUACGAGUAUCGCAAGAAUUAAAACGAAAACUCGGCAUCAGUGUGUGGAAAGACAUCACCGAAGAUGUAAAUCAAGGACUCCGUAACGUCAAGGAGAGCAAUGUGUACAACAUUGGUGAGAAACUUGGUCAUGUCAAGAGGGCCGUCUCCGAAAACAGUUUAUUUCAGAAAACGGAAUCCGUUUGCAAGCAAGCUGCGGGCAUGACCCAAAGUUUCUUGGGUGGCUUUGGCAGCGGGAUUACCAUGAAGUUGGGUCAGAUGCUAACACCAUCAAGAUCAAACUCGACCCAGAGCUUUGAUGAAGCCCUGCGAGAGUCCGAAGCAACAAGACGAGCAUCAGGAAUCCCAUCAGUGGCUACCAGCCCAACCAUCCCCGAGGAGAAGCUCUUGUCAUAG